AGUAAUAUCGCAGGAUCGAUGUCGGAAGUUCAAGUGUAACUGCAUGACUUUUGAAGAGUUGUGUGGUUGUUGCAACUUUGUUUUUUUAAAGUAGUGAUUUUUUUUUAACAUGGCUGGACUAAUCAAGUGCAUUGCGACAAGGAUUCUGCUCUCUAAUUCUACGAAAUCAAAUGUGAUUUCUUCAGUGUUCAGCCGCAAUAUACAACUGGGUGCUACUAGUUUUGCACCAAGAGUUCAGGCGCCAGCUCCAGAUUUUCAUGGAACAGCUGUUGUAAACAGCUCUUUUGAAGAAGUAAAAUUGGCUGAUUACAAAGGAAAAUAUCUUGUACUUUUCUUCUACCCACUUGAUUUCACAUUUGUAUGUCCAACAGAAAUCAUAGCUUUCAAUGAAAGGAUACAAGAAUUCAAAUCACUGAAUACUGAAGUCAUAGGUGUAUCAACAGAUUCACAUUUUAGUCAUCUAGCUUGGAUUAAUACACCACGAAAGGCAGGAGGUUUAGGAUCGUUAAACUUCCCACUACUGUCAGAUUUCAACAAGAUUAUCUCCCGUGAUUAUGGAGUGUUGGUUGAAUCUGAGGGUGUUGCACUAAGAGGACUGUUCAUUAUUGACCCACAGGGCAUCCUCAGGCAGAUUACAAUAAAUGAUCUUCCUGUUGGCCGCAGUGUUGAUGAGACUUUGAGGCUGAUAAAGGCAUUCCAGUUUGUUGAGAAGCAUGGUGAAGUCUGCCCUGCUAAUUGGAAACCUGAUUCACCAACCAUCAAACCGGACCCUGUUGGUUCAAGGAAGUACUUUGAAAAAGUUAAUUAGAAAUGGAAACACCACAAAAGGAAUACAUUUUGUAAGCUUUGUCCAAAAGUGGUCAAACAUCCUGAUUUGCGGGAUUAUUUUCUCAAUGGGUGCUACUUGCCAACAUAUGUUGUGAUGAAUAUAAACUUUUACGAAAUGUUGAUACACUUGUUGAUAUGUUUUGAUUGUUUUUAAUUAGUAAAGAAAUGUGCUCACUGUUUGUAUAUCUGGUAGUUUUUUAAUUAUUAGUCACCUUAUUCAUGACUGAAACAUUACCUUAAUAAUUCCUUAAAAUUUCAUUAAAAAAUUGAUGCUAAAAAUUUGUAUGUGUACACAAUGACUUGAAAACCCUCUUGCACUCAUGUGAAAUCUGCAUUUGUUAUCAGCCAUCAUUGAAUUGAACAGUGAACAUGAUUGUCCUGUCUGGUGUAUUCUGUAAUGCUCCCUGUUUUAUUUCUAGUAUUUCACGUAAUAAACACACUCGUUCUUUUUAUAGUA